UUCCUGAGAGAAGUUUGGUGGUCCUUUUCAUUCUCCAUCAGUCCCGAUCCAGGCCUUAUCGGGGCGGAGCUACACCUUACAGCUACCUCUGACUUCAGAGCCUCGUCUGGGAAGUCGCUCCUGGAAACGCAGUGGUGCAGCCUGCAGCGUGGGUGCCCUUUGUUUUGCUUUUUAUUUUCUGUAGUCUGAGAGCAGCAGAGCAGCAGAUAUUUGUGGUAGUGUGUCACCAUGGGAGCACAGAGCUCAUCGCAGCGGGACGGGAAGAGCCAGGAGGAUGCGUCAGUUUCAGCUUCAGCCUCCGGCGGGGAGUUGAGCGCAGAGGUGAAGGUGCUCCAGGACAGCAGCAAGCCUUUAGAGAAAAACGGACAGAUCUCCAGUUUGACCAGUCUGAACGGACACUCGGAGGACAACACGCUGGCAGAAGUCGGCCAGCCUGAUGGUGUGUCUGUGGCUCAGAAGGAAGAAGCUCCAGAUAACACAGAAACCAGUCCCGUCGAAGGCUCUCCUCAAAUAAACGGAGAGAAAAUGGACAACGAGACCCCCGAAGCCAAUGAUAUUUCCUCUGCUGAAGAGAAAACAACGGAGGAAAAGGCUGACGAUGCCAACAAGGUUGGCUUCAAGAAGAUUUUCUCCAUUGCAGGCUUGAAAUUCACACUGAAGAAGGAUAAAAGCGAUGAGACGGACCCUGUGAAGCUACUAACGGUGAAAGAUAAAGAAGGAGAGGAGGUUGGUGAGACUGAAGAACCUGCAAAGGACAAAGAGGCUGAAGAGGAAACGGCAGCUGAAGAAAAGGAAGCUGAAACGGACCCACCCACCACCGAAGCAGAAGUAACGAAAGAUACAGACGCCACCGCCGAGGCUCAGCCAGAGGAAGCUGCUGCAGAAGAAGUCAAGGAAGAAGGGGAGGAAAAAGAAGCAGAAGCCACCUCCUCACCCAGGGAGACAGGUGUGUCCUCUUUCAGAAAGUUUUUCCUAGUAAGUCUCUUUUCGAACCUGCGAAAAAAAUCCAGCAUCAAGAAAACAAAAGAAGAGGAGGAAGCUGGAGAAGCCCCUGUGGUGUCUGCUGCUGAGGAAAAAGAGGAUGCAGACCAGGAAACAAAGAAGGAAGAUAAUGUGACGGGGCAGGAAACACAGGAUGGAAAAUGCAUGGAUGAGGAGAAAGCCAAAGAGGAGGACAUUGUGACUGAACAAGAAACAAAGGAGGCGCCAGAAACUCGCGUGGAGGACAAAUCUGAGCCCAAAGAGGAGACACCAAGCACUCCAGAGGAAGCCAAAUCAGAUGCUGCUCCAGAAGAGAAAGUCGAAGCCACAUCUCCAACAGAAUCUACUGCUGAUCAAACCAAACCAGAAGAGCAAAAGGCUGAGGCUCCGGCAGAGGCAACAGCUGAAGCUGAGCAGCUGUCAUCACAUGAGAAGUCAAAGGUCCAUGGAAGCCCUUUGAAGAAGCUCUUUACUGGAUCUGGUCUGAAAAAGCUCUCAACUAAGAGACAGAAACACAAGAAAGAUUCAGAAGCAAAGCCUGCUGACUCUGGGGAGCAGGCGGCUGAGCAUCUUCCGUCCAUUGAGUCUGAAGAGGCUCCUAAAGCCAACAAUGGGCCCUCAUCUCCUGAAACAUCAGGGGAGCAUGAAGAGGUGAACCAGCAUGAGUCCAGCCAGGAGACUGAUGGUGAGCUAGCAUCUGACGGUGAGAAGAAGAAGGACAGUGUCAUCGCCUCCUUCAGGAAGCUGGUAACACCUAAGAAGCACGCUAAAAGGUCUUCUGAUAGUGAAGAUGAAGGCACAGGUGACAAACCCCCUAAAUCUGCCACGCUGUCCUCCUCCGAGAGCGCUCCAUUAGCAGAAACUAAAGGAGAGGAGGAGGCUAAAGAGGAGAAGGCUUCUGAGGAUGAGCCCAAGACUGAAAACACAGAGAAACUGACCAGCAGCACAGAGGAGACCAAAAAGAAAAUGGACACCUCCGUUUCCUGGGAGGCUUUGAUGUGCAUGGGUGGUCCCAAAAAGAGGACGAGAAAGACUUCUGACUCAGAUGAUGAGGCGACCAAGGCUGAAGAGGAGAUUCCUGCUGCAGCAGCUGAAGAGAAACAGGAACGCAAGACAGAGGAUGUUGAUGUUCCUCCGCAAAGCCCUGAAAGUGAAGAGGUGACCCCUGCACCUGAGCCUUUGAGCACCCCUCCUGUGAGAGAGUCUCCUUGGAGCACGCUGAAACGCUUGGUGAUGUCAAAACACAAAACCAAAGGUGAGGAAAAACCAGAGGAGCCUGCUGACUCGGAGGCGCACAAAGAUGAGUCCUCCUUCUCUCUGAAGAAGCUGUUUUAUGGAGGCAAAAAGAAGGUAGCAGAGAAGCAGUCCUCCACCGACCAGGGCUCGGGUGAGGAGGACUCUGACACCCCUGCUGUUGUUCCUCUCUCAGAAUAUGAGGGACACGUCAAAGCAGUGGAGGAAGUACCAGAAGAACCAGCAGUAUUCCAGAUUAAAGUGUCCGCCGAUGAUAGAUCCCCAUCUUGGAUUCCAGCCAUCGUGGAAAACAUUGACGAUCAACACGAUCCGCUAAGUGAUAUCCCGGAAGAGGCGGAAAAUUCAGCCACGCCAAAAUCCAUCGACACCAUUCCAGAGGGUGAAAUCGAGGAGCAGGGCUUGCUGCCUGUAGGUCCAAGGAGCACAGGGCGCAGACUGUCUACGGCUGAAGUGAAGCCGAUUGCUCCGGCUCCAGAUGCAGCAACCUCUCCCGUUCCUCAAGGACCUAAAACGGAGAGCGCAACAGAAGUUGUGACUGCAAUUGAAGCCCAAGUCAGUGAAAUUCCAAUCCAGUCAUCCGUAACUGUUCAGCAUGUUCCAGUAGAAGUUGCUUCUGCUGAAACGGAGAAGGAACCGGAAACAGAAGAAGCCGAGUCCUCUGCAAAUGCCGUCCUGGAGCUACAUGUGAAAGAGGAGACCGUGGCCAUCUGCACGGGCCUCCAAACAGAUGAGAUCGCCAGUGUCACCCUGGAGCAGCCCGUUGAGCCCACGGUGGAAUGUUCCGCUCCCCUUAGUGAUGCAGCAAACGUGGAGAUAGCUGUAGAGGAGAAGCCAGAAGGUUCAGGAAAAGCAGAAGCCACAGAAGACCCGGUUCUCCAGGCUCAUGUCCACCAAGUACAAACUCUUGAGCUUGAGCCUGUUGCUGAAAAGUUGCAAAGCGAAGUGGUGGAUGUCCAAGUUGCCACCGAGAGUUACGAGCCUGGGAUCGAGAAGGUGGCAGUGGUCAGCACCGAGAACUCUGAGGUCAUUCAGCCGACAAUGCUGAAGCAGAACUCCCCUAAAUCGGUGGUAGUCGAUGCCAUCGCACCAACGCCCGAGGCGGUUGUCUGCACCCGGAUGGUGGAAGUUGCUGAGAUGACUGUGGAGAUCAAAGAGGUCAGAAUGGAGCUGGAGCAGCUUGCUGCAAGUCAAGAAAGUACUCCUGUAGGGGAGGCGAGUCAGGUUGUGGCCAAAGAGGUGUCAUCUGCACGUUGUGACACUAAAGAAAACGCAGAGGGGUUCAAAACAGCUGCUCCUGCUGUUGUAACAAGCGAGGGAAACGCUGUUGUCAUACAGACGGUGGUUCUUGUUGCGCCAGAGAAGGAGCAUCAAACUAAAGAGAACGACGUCGAGAAGGCUUCUGAGAAGAUUGAAAAGGCCACGGAAGAGGUCCAUCUGGGCAGCGAGCUUGUGACUCAUAGUGUGGUGAUCGCAGAGGCUGUGAUUACGGAAGCUGUCGAUAAAGUUUUAGAAGAUGCUUCCCACCUCAAGAAGUCAGCAGCUCCACCAGCAGCUACGGAAACACCAGUCAAAGCAACCGCGACGACACAAGACGAGAUAGAAAUCACAGCCGAGUGUGUCGUCAUCACCGACACACCUGUUCCUGUCGUCUGUGAACAACCAGCAGCAACGUCGCUGCAGGCGCUCUUUGUCGCCAUGGAGGUCACUGAGACCGUCCCGUUGGAGGUCACACACAACAUAGUGGAGAAGGAGGAAGAGGAGAAGCCUAAACAAAGCUUAAAGAUGGCAGAGCAGGUGAAAGUGAGUGAAGGAACGAUUAUUGAGGAGGAAGUAACAGAGAUGGUCGAAGAGGGCAAAGGUCAGGAGGAAAAUGGGUCACAGAAAGUGUUGGAGAUCCACAUGCCGACCCAGGUGAUCCUGCAGUCGGCGGAUGUGGUUGAGGAGAAGCCAGCGGAGGUGGAAACCACGGUGGAGCUUGACGGGGACAACACAAACGCAACAGCUGACAAGCCUUCAAGACAAAACAGCCUCCCAGAGCUACCAGAGGAACCUCAAGAGACGGCUUCAGGAGAAGAUGCAGCAGAGGAGCCAGAAGCCGGGCAGAAAACAUCGGGAAAGUGCGCGGAAGUGAUGGCGCAGGUGAUCGAGGAGGCGGUGAAGGAGAUCGAGCCCGUGUCCAUGGAGAUCACAGCAGCAUCAUGAGCAGAUGAAGCUGCAGAAGUGAUGCCUGGGAGACGAGCUGUCUGGACCAGGAAAUAAACGACGGGAGUGUGAGAGAGAGAAAACAGUGAGGGUGCUCUGUGGCGACACACACACUCUCUGUGGUGACUGUCCAUCCCAUCCAGACAGACGAGUAUCUCCAUUCUCUCUCCUCCCACCUGUCCCUGACCCCUGACCUGCAGCCCCUUCACAACAACCACAAGGCAGCCCAUCGUUGUCCCCUCACACGCAUGCGCGCGCACACACACACACACACACACACACACACACAUGCUCGUGCAUGUCCUGCAUCUCAGAAAGCAUCUGGCUCCUAAACACUCUCAUCGUACCGUCACAAGUCUUGCUGCAACUUGGUUGUGUGUGCGUGCGUGCGUGCGUGCGUGCGUGCGUGCGUGCGUGCGUGCGUGCGUGCGUGUGUGUGUGUGUGUGUGUGAAUGUGUAAAGAAGCUAAAGUGAGGGGGACUUCUGAGACAAAGAGAUGGAUAUUAUAUCUUUGUACAUUGUAUUUAUAUCAUCAGUAUUCACUCAUAUGUCUUUAUUUUUCCUCUUUAUUUGCUUUUUUAUGUAUGAAUAUUUGUUGCUUUUUGUUAUAGAGCAUAUUAAAUUCAACACCUGGAUUUGAAAAAAUAAGAAGUCCUAAAUGAUGGAAGUUUAUAUAAAAUAUUUGCAGCAGGUAUAAGCCAUGGUACAAACAUUAUUAUUCCACAGACGGCAAUAACAAAGUGCUACAAACGUUAAAAAUGCACCAAUGUUUUAUUAUUUUGUAUCUUUUUGCAAUGUGAACAUCACUCAGCACAAGAAAAUACUUCAUAAGAUACAUGUAGGUAAGACAAACAUUCACUGCCUGAUUUACUGUGAAAACACAUAGAAACUCAUUGAUUAAUGUGAUAAUUAAAUACUAUGACAUCACCCUCAUGUGAUCAUGUGGCGAACGCGUGAGAUUAAGACAACCAGGGUCUUUUUUUUCCUGAUACGUGUGACUCGUUAAACAUUUCUGUUCAUCUUUUGCUGCAGACAUAAAGCAGUAUGGCUUCUAGUCGUCACUUUGACUUUGAUCCAGUCUCAAGUUAGUCCUGGAUGAUGUGUUCGUUGGUCUAUUAGCGCUGGUACCAGGAGAUCACAUUUGUGACGCUUCGUGGUGCCAGAAAUAAAUACAAAAGCUCAUUUUUGCUCCUAAUUUGAAACCAAAUUGAGUUAGGAUUAAUCAGGGAGCCAUGGUCUUUCCAUCGAUCACAGGACAAGACAUCAGUUGCAUCUAAUUAUGGUGCCCAGAAUCAUCUGCAGACCUGCUUUGUCUCUGGUAUCAAAGGUUGGAGCGUGUGUUUGCUUAUUUAUUUUGCAAAUAAGGGGAAAAGUUUUUGUUACCAUCAAAGCAAACACAACUUUAGAGGAAUUUCCUGAUGCUUUAAUAAAGAAUAAAGUUGCAUCUAAUUCCAUUUUUGGCUCUUUUUAAAACACAGGAAAGGUUUCUCUUUACCUUGCUAACGUUUCUUUUUAUCGACUGCAAAACAUCCUCAGAGCUGACCUGAGGAACCGUCAGCGAGGUAAAGAGAAACCUUUCCUGUUUUAAAAGGAGCCAAAAAUGGAGUUAGAAACUAGACACAGUAAGAACACCAAAAACGUUACAUCUAGUGGCUCGUUUGACUAGAAACUCAUUUCCAUCUGCUUUAGAACCAAAUAAGUGAAGAAUCUUGGCAGAUUGUAGUUUAGACGAGCACUCCAUGGGUGCAGCAGACCCACUCACCUUCUACGUGUAACCCACUUUAACUGUGAACUCCUUAACAUUUGUACAGAUUGUAUAACUACUGUAUGUACUGAUAACUGUAACAUGAACUAAUCUCUGCAGUCAUUUAGCGUAAGAUUCAUGUAGCAUGGUCAUAUUUGUCUUUUAUAUUUCCCAAGCUGUUAAUAGUAAGGAUUCAGAAACUUGUCUAUAUUUCAUUCAAUAAAGUUCGACAAAUUUUG